CUGUGGCGGUAAGUGCUCGAGCUGCUAACCUGAUGCUAACAUGUUCUUAUCGGAGCACACAGUGUGUAUAGAAGAAAAAUAGCUCCAUAUUGUAAUUAUUAAUUAUGAAAAACUAUUUCAGCACCGCCAUUUAUACUGGCAACAUUAAGGAAUCUACCAGUAGUCAUUAAUCUACUGUAAAGUUUAUUAUAUCGGCAACCGCGGGAUGUUAUUAAACAGCAACUCUUGUGUAAUAUCUGGGGUUUUGAGGAGGUCGUUGGGUAACAUAAGGGACGUUACACUUUCUCGUCCUCCAAAUGUCACAAAAGGACGACUCUGAAAAUGACAUCUGGGAGUAUAAACCUCUUGAGAAGAAGAAGAAAAAGAGACAGAAACCACCGCCUGCAGUUACAACCGUCACUAAAAGAAGAUGUACUUCAAGAAAAACCUCCAAGAGAGACACUGUUUUCUCAGACAAGGCACCUGAACGGACUGAAAAAGUCAAGACAGCUGAAAGUGGAGAUUUUAGUACUGGUGUUCAUGUAGACGGACAUGGCAGCUCAGAGACACAUACUGUACCCUCAAAGUUAUCUCCUGCUCAUGAGACAACCCAAACAGAUAGUGCUGCAGAGGGACCGUCCUCUGGAGACUUUUGUCCUAUGUGUCAGAUGCCCUUUUCCAUCUUGGUCGUACAGACUCAAAGAUGGCAUGUUGCUGAGUGUCUUGACACCGCCAGGGACAAAUGCAAAGAGUGUCCAAAAGGUCUACAGUGCUCCUCCACCAUCCCAAACCAUUACAAGAAAUUCAACCACACACUCCUGGCCCAUAGUCGAGCAAACAGUGACAUGGCCCUCCUCAGUCUGUCCCAGCAGGCCAAAACCACUGGGGAGACCAGCCUCAGUUGUCUCCAAGGACUGACAAACAAUGAGGUGGAUGAGUCUUCUUUAGAGACUUCACAGGACAGUGUUGUCAGUCUUUCUAUCUUAUCCCCUCAAAAUAACAUCACUGGAACACCUCCGUCUAAACUUACAAAUGGACUUCUGUUUCUGCGCUCACCUGGCCCAGAGGAUUUUAAGAAAAAGAAGGGCUGGUCGUCUUCUACCAAAAGCCAGAAGGCUAUCAGUGCUUCCCAAGAAGGUAAAACAGAGUUUUCAUCUACUCCUAUUAAGGAAGAUAAUGGAGGACAAGAUUUUCUCGAAAAUGACCCUCCUCCUGAAAAGGUUGAUGAUGCCAUAUCCUACUCUCCUCUUUCUGAGCUCCCUGCAGAGACUGAAGUCAAUAAUAGUGAGUGCAGAAAAGCCCUUUUUAAUUGUGAUGCAUUUGAAAAUGACGAUGAAGACUCAAUGCUACUGUUAGGUGACGACUUCUCAAGUGAGGAUGAACUCCUGACUGAAUUUAUAGAUAAUUUGGAAAACAAUAAUGUGUCAGUAAAGGACCUGUCUUCCUCAAACACCCAGCUGGAGUCAGUUGCCUCAUUACUGCCUGCUAAUCAGCUGGCAGCUGCUGCAGCUGGUGAAAACAGAGCUGAUUCCACAGGUGAAAAACAAGCUCAUGGUAAAUCUACUUAUGCCAUCAAUCCCUGUAAGACCAACAUUCAAUCUCCACAGAGUAUUGUUUUAGAGCACCUGAGAGAAAAACUUUUAAGCCCAGAUAACCUGCAUUUCAAAAAUUUGAAUGACAGUAUUCAGUCGGAGCAGCCUCACGCGAAUUCUCAUCAAGCGCCUUCAUCUCAAACCAUGCCGCCACAGAAGGGCCAGAGCAAGGCCGGUCAGGCCUCCAGUCUCAAGCAGACAGACAUUGGGGUGUUUUUUGGCCUCAAACCCCUCAAGGAGAAGGAGAAAGAGGCAGAGAGUGGACCAGCUGAAAUCUCUAUUCCAACAAUUAGCGAGAACUCAGGAAAGAGGCGACAAAGGAGAGACAGGACGAGGAGAAAUAAGGCUGACACAGCCACAGAUACCUCACGGGGGACAGAGACUGGGGAUAGCAGUGAUGUAGUGAAAGCUCAGGGAGAAGAAAGGAGAGGUUGGACCAGAGGAUGGGGACGAAGAAGGAACAGAGUGAAUGCUGAUGGAGAAGUACAAUUCCCGCGUUGUCCGUUCUACAAGAAGAUUCCAGGUACAAAGUUUGUCAUAGACGCCUUUCAUUACGGGGAGAUUGAGGGCAUCACUGCCUACUUCCUAACACAUUUCCACUCAGACCACUACGGAGGGUUGACCAAGAACUCCACGUUUCCAAUCUACUGUAACAAAAUUACAGGGAACCUGGUGAAAAGCAAACUGAAGGUGGCAGAGCAGUAUGUCCACAUCCUCCCCAUGAACACCCAGGUCACUGUGGAGGGAAUCAAGGUCAUCCUGCUGGACGCCAACCAUUGUCCAGGAGCUGCCAUGCUGCUGUUCUCUCUGCCUGAUGGACAGACAGUCCUCCACACUGGAGACUUCAGAGCUGAUCCCUCAAUGGAAACCUACCCUGAGUUACUUAGCUGCAGGGUGCAGACGCUCUACCUGGACACCACCUACUGCAGCCCUCAGUACACCUUCCCCAGACAGCAAGAGGUCAUCAACUUUGCAGCCAGCACAGCCUUUGAACUGGUGACGCUCAACCCACGUACACUUGUGGUCUGUGGAUCCUACUCUGUGGGGAAGGAGAAAGUCUUUCUGGCACUGGCAGAAGUCCUGGGGUCUAAAGUGUGCCUCUCUAGGGACAAAUACAACACCAUGUGCUGUCUGGAGUCGGAGCAAGUCAGACAACGUAUAACCACCGACUGGAAGGCAGCCCGAGUCCAUGUGUUGCCCAUGAUGCAGCUCUCCUUCAAAAAACUGCAGGAUCACCUGGCACGGUUUUCAGAGCGCUAUGAUCAGCUGGUGGCUUUUAAACCCACUGGUUGGACCUUCAGCCAGCAGGUGGAAUCAGUGGGAGACAUUCAGCCUGAGAUCAGCGGAAACGUCUCCAUUUAUGGAAUCCCAUACAGUGAACACAGCAGCUUUCUGGAGUUGAAGCGUUUUGUCCAGUGGGUCCAACCUCUCAAGAUCAUUCCUACAGUCAACAAUGGCAGCUGGACCAGCAGGAAGGCUAUGGAGAAGUGUUUCAGUGAGUGGCUCAUGGAAACUAAAGCUAAACUGUAGCUUAUUUACCAGAAAACUGUUGAACUGUGAACUCUGCUGCUCGUUGGUAACGAAAGCAAACCAACUAUUUUUCAUUACUUGAAAUGCCGUAUGAGCAUGGGGAACAAAUGUAUCUUAACACACUUUUAACACACUAUUAUUUGCAUUAACGUUGCUUGCCUCUGACAGCUGAGCUCGUAACAAAAGCACAUCAACACUGAUAAAAGGGGUAUAAAGGUUUUGCUUUCAUCCACAAUGGGCUGAAUUAAAUUAACUGACAACUUUGGAAGCGGUUUUGUGUGAACAAGAUCUGAGGCCCUACAUGUAUUGUGAACCACAGUUAGACCCCUGUCACCCAGAAGUAUUUUACAUUGGAACUGAUUUAAUUGGAUGUGUGCGGCUGCUGCCUGCUGUGGCCACUUCCAAUUAUACCACUGUUCGUCACCAAGAUGUGAGUGCUGCUUUGAAACUGUGCAAUUCCUAUUUCCUAA